AUGUGCCACUUUCAGGUCUCCUCACACUGCUGGUGUGUUCCAUUUUUUGACAUAGGGUGCUGGCAGAUUACGGGCCUCCCAUAGCUGCUGCCAGCCAGGCCCCUAAUCUGCCAUGGGCCCCUAUAUACCGCCUCCUCAUGCUGCUGCCAAGUCCAGAGUCUCUCAUGGGUCCCUGUACGGCCUCCCAUUGCUGCUGUCUCCAUCGCCACACUCUGCCAUGUGCCACUUUCAGGUCUCCUCACACACACUGCUGGUGUUUCCAUUUUUUGACAUAGGGUGCUGGCAGAUUACGGGCCUCCAUAGCUGCUGCCAGGCCCCUAAUCUGCCAUGGGCCCCUAUAAGACCGCCUCCUCAUGCUGCUGCCAAGUCCAGAGUCUCUCAUGGGUCCCUGUACGGCCUCCCAUUGCUGCUGUCUCCAUCGCCACACUCUGCCAUGUGCCACUUUCAGGUCUCCUCACACUGCUGGUGUGUUGAAUUUUUUGAC